CCUGGCCAGGAACGGGGUGGCCAGGGCCAGCGGUGUCUGGAGCCCACCAUGGUUCAGUCCAUUCGCUGCAUGCCGGGUAAAUUCAAAACCCACAUGCUCGUCCCCCCGCGGUGGGGUUGGUACUAAGAAGUGCCUUUUCCUGACGUCUCUGCUGCUUGGAACCGCUUCUAGAGCAGUCUCUGCUUUUGCCUUGCUUGCUGUCAGUUUAGACUGAGGACGCCAGCCUCCCGCCAGCCAGCCAGCCAGCGCUAGCCCAGACACCCCCCCAUUUCCACUUGCAAUCAAGAGAGACGCUCUGAUUCGCUGCCAUUGCCCUAGGCUGCUUUAGUAGUCAAAAGAAAAAGUUUGCUGAAAAAGUAAGAUACCUUCUGCCAGGAAAUCAAGGAGGAAAAAACAAAACAAAACAAAACAAAAAACAAAAAUCAUUUUCUUGAUUUUGCUCUAAACUGCUGCAUCUGUCUAUGCCAAACUAAUCAAUAUCGAUUUACCAAUUGCACCACCAAAGGCCAUUUGCAAACCCAGCUGCCCGGAGCUUCCCUGUCCGACCACUUGGCUGAAAGCAGCUUGGAAAGUCAGGGUCCCGUUGUGCCACGUUUUCAUGCUUGCGUUCUGGGCUCCAAAUUGGCAGUGGGAAGGGGUUUCUAAAGGCACCUGGCACGUGCCAGCCCCGACUCCCCGACGCUCCUCUGCUUCCCGUCCUCUCGCUUCUCUCAGAACCAAACCCUCCUUGAACGAACAGUUGGACGCUGAGUGCCCAGUCGGGAACUUUUCUCGGGUGUUAAGAAAACAGCUGCUUCUCACGGACUUUUGAGGCAGGGGCGGGGAAGUGUGUGCAGGCACCGCGAGCACCCUCUUUUCACACUUAGGUCACUUCAGCUGUUUUUCUUUUUCUUUUUCAUCCUAUUCCCCCCCCCCCCCCCCGUGGUGGUGGUGGUGGUUAGCUGUGUUUUUUUCUUUUUUUUUUUGGUUUUCGUUUUGGAGUUUUUGAUUUUGUUUUGGAAGGGGCUGGGUCUCUGGGUGUUACGGAAACGUUUGAACUACCUGUAAACCAUAACCAUGGCCGUCAGUGUCACCCCGAUCCGGGACACCAAGUGGCUGACUCUGGAAGUCUGUCGGGAGUUUCAGAGGGGGACGUGUUCGCGGCCCGACACGGAAUGUAAAUUUGCGCACCCUGCGAAGAGCUGCCAAGUGGAGAAUGGACGCGUGAUCGCCUGCUUUGACUCCUUGAAAGGCCGCUGCUCCCGGGAGAACUGCAAAUACCUACACCCACCUCCGCACUUGAAAACGCAGCUGGAGAUCAAUGGCCGCAACAACUUGAUUCAGCAGAAGAACAUGGCAAUGCUGGCCCAGCAGAUGCAGCUCGCCAAUGCCAUGAUGCCCGGGGCCCCGCUGCAGCCCGUGGUGAGCCCCCAGCCAAUGUUUUCUGUUGCGCCAAGCUUAGGCACCAAUGCAUCAGCCGCCUUCAACCCCUACCUGGGCCCUGUGUCCCCGAGCCUCGUCCCAGCAGAGAUCUUGCCGACAGCCCCCAUGCUGGUCACCGGGAACCCAGGGGUGCCUGUGCCUGCCGCCGCGGCUGCUGCCGCCCAGAAGCUGAUGCGGACAGACAGACUGGAGGUGUGCCGGGAAUACCAGCGAGGCAACUGUAACCGCGGGGAGAGCGACUGUCGCUUCGCGCACCCGGCAGACAGCACCAUGAUCGACACCAAUGAUAACACAGUGACCGUGUGCAUGGAUUACAUCAAGGGCCGGUGCUCCCGGGAAAAGUGCAAAUACUUCCACCCACCUGCACACCUGCAGGCCAAGAUCAAAGCCGCCCAGUACCAGGUCAACCAGGCCGCCGCUGCGCAGGCAGCAGCCACCGCGGCCGCCAUGACUCAGUCGGCUGUCAAAUCACUGAAGCGACCCCUCGAGGCAACCUUUGACCUGGGCAUUCCUCCAGCUGUCCUUCCUCCAUUACCAAAGAGGCCUGCUCUUGAAAAAACCAACGGUGCCACAGCGGUCUUUAACAGCGGCAUCUUUCAGUACCAGCAGGCUCUGGCCAACAUGCAGCUACAGCAGCACACGGCGUUCCUGCCGCCAGGCUCAAUUUUGUGCAUGGCGCCCGCUACAAGUGUUGUUCCCAUGGUGCACGGCGCUACGCCAGCUACUGUAUCCGCAGCGACAACUUCUGCCACCAGUGUGCCCUUCGCUGCGGCAGCCACGGCCAAUCAGAUACCCAUAAUAUCUGCCGAACAUCUGACUAGCCACAAGUAUGUAACCCAGAUGUAGAACUCUCACCAGUAAACAAUCAUACUAAAGAGGAAGGGACAAAGUGCUUGGAUGGAGGAAAAAACAAGAUCAUUAGCCAUAUUGUAUAUACAUCAAGUGACACCACGAAGCCCUCAGCCACAGACAUCACCUCUUGCAUGUGACCCAGGAGCCGGAAGCAGGGCGCCUGCACCUUCUGCAAUGCCAACUCGGCCUCAGGCUGAGGGGACGCUCCUGUCUGGCAGAUCAACACCGUCUUUGUCUGUAGCACAGUUUGACAUGGCGAGACGCUCCUGGGAUUAGUUCCCUAGAGGCCCAGGCCCGUCUCGGCAAGAAAGACUGAGGUGAACCACAAUCCUGUCAUGUAUUGGUACGCCUGUAGACCAAGAUCUCAUUUAAAAAAAAAAAUUAAGUUCCUUUCUUUCAAGGUUUACAAAAACAAAGGUGCACCUUGUAUUUAAAAAUCGCCAUGUUGAGGAGAGCGUGUGCCCCGUCGUUUCCGUUUGAGAGUGAAUUUCUGAUGUGAGGAGAAUUUGUAGGCCGCGGUGAGGGAGAGGGACUGACAAAAUGAAUGUGCCAAGCAGAGCCACAGCUGUGUGUCUUGAAAGCACAUCCUGGCUUGAAGUACCACGUUGUCAAGGAUUCUCAUGAAGUGCCAUAGACUGUACAGCAGAUCAGAGUAUUAUUUCUUCAGUGUUACUUUGUCAGCGCCGCACCAUCCCACUUCUCGCGAGCACUCACAGUCAGAGGGCACCAUUCUUGCUUGUUUUUGUUUUUUUUUUGGUUUUGUUUUGUUUUUAUUUUUAUUUUUAAUUUUUUCGUUUUGUGAUUUGAAACCAAAGCUGUCUCAGAAAUGGCCACUUUAACUUCACAGUCAUCCUACUCAGCACAACACAGACUUUACAGUUACACUCACACCUACUGGAGAUAUAUAAUAGAGAUUUUAUAUAUAUAUAUAAAAAGUUAUUUUAAUGCAUUGUCAUAUACUAUUUAUGCUUACUAGACCGUAUAACACGCUACUUCAAAAGGGAUGUGCCAUUUCUGAGACACUGUGACAAAAAUAAAUUUUAAAAAGAUGUUUGAAGACAUUAUUUUGCUUCUAUUUAUAGCUCUGUGAAAAGUCAAGAGACUAUAAAUGCUUUGCAGAAAUGCUUCCACAUUUGCUCACCAGUCACGCCUAACAGUAAAAGUGACUCUAAAAAAAAGAAGCAAGCAGGUCCAUUCAGAUGCAUGAAAAACCAAAAGAGGAAAAGAAAACAAAAACGGAAACGUUUGAUGAACCUAGUCACAUGGGUGAAUUUUAUAUAUUUUUGUUGUUGUUGUUGUUGUUGUUAUUCAGAUUUACUGCUUAUAGCCUUAGAAACGCCUUUUACAAAAUUUAAACAAAAAAAAUAGAUGUGUAUUCAGUUUUUAAGAAUGGAUUUAUCCAAAGGAAGUCUUUUCUUUGCUUUGUUUUUUGCUUUCCUUCCUUUUCUUGUGGUUGGGAUGUCGCAGCAAGACAAGGGUAUUUUUUUUUUGCCCCUCCCCGCGGCCCUGAUUCUGCAGGUUGCUGGGUAGGGUGCAUCACUGGUAGUGGAGAGUAAGGGGGAGCUAUGGAAGUCCUUGCACCUUCCUGCGCUCCUGAGUUUACUGCAGGUUUUGAUGCUUGAGAGAGAAAGAGAAGCUUUCUAGUUCAAGACUGAUGUGUUGAUUUUCCUGAUUGUACUGUACAUCAAUUAAAGCCUUAGCUUACUACAUUACGGGUUGGAGCCCAUACCAAUGUAAUCUCAGUCGUGUUCAGAGGACGAUGGUGACUUCACGUUAUUGUGGUUCGUGACAUUAAGGAAUAGGACUUAUUUUUCUUGUUAAAAGGUAGAUUUUCAUUUCCUACAUUUAUUAGAUUUCAUUUUCUAUUAACGAUUGAAUACCAUUUCAGUUUAUAGACUCUUGUUUUAUUAGAUUGUACCGAUGAAUUUUUCAAAAUACAAAAAAAAAAACCCUUAAAGGUAGUUUUCCUUCAUAACAUACUCAGUUUUGAAUUACAUGUAGUGUCAUAUGAAUAUUCGUAUUAUUGUUAACUAAAUGAUUUAUAUUUUACUGAUUUAAUAUUAAAAGUGUAAGAUUGUCAGUCUUGUUCUUGUCUAGUUUUCAUUAAAAGAACAAAGAUCUUUUAUAUGGAUAUCUUAUAAAUAAAUAAUCAUUGCUAAGUAAGAAGUUAUGUUGUUGCUAUUGCAACAAUCUUGGCAGACAAUUGAGUAAUAUUUUAAUGAUUUAUUUUGUUUGUAAUUAGUUAUUAUAAGAAGACCUAGAUCCUAGAUAUUAGAAUAAAAUUUAUUUUCUACUGUAUCCAUUUCAAAUGUUAAAGUAUUGUUUAAUAUUUUUGAAAUCCCUGAAUAUCAGGCCUUGUUAUAAAUAAGCUGCAUAAUCAAUAAAUAGAACAAGGGACUUUUUGUUAAAUAUCCAAAUACUCCAAGUUUACGUAAGGAGGAUGUUAAUGUGUGUGCAGGCUCCUGAAGGCCAUGCUGCAGUUAAGCAGGUCGGAACGCCUAGAAAGAAGGUCGACUUUUUGCACUUCUGUAUAUAGUCAAAAGAGAGAACCCUGUAUAAUAGUAAGAUCUUAUUUUGAAUAAAAAUGUCUAUAAUUACCCGGAGUUUUGUUAAGGCUAAUUAAACAGCAGACUGAGCAGGCUUGCUCGCAAAAGGCACAGAGCAGCACUCCUCGGCCGCCACCAGCAGGGCGCUCGCUAGCUUCUAGUUUUCUAGGACAUUCUCAGCAGGAAAGAAACUCGGCACUUGGGAUCUCAGACGACACAACUCGUGGGCCAUUGCGCCCAAAGACAACCACCCCCCCAAAGCAGCAGAACUUCAAUCAUGAGGUGCAGUCUCGGAUCAGAUACUCCUGACACUUUUCAGAACUACUGCAUGUUUUCCAACGUCAACAACAACCACAACAAAACAGAGAGAGAAGGAAUGGUACAAAGGACACACUCAACCCCGUUUCUGCCCACGCUGGCGGUUUCUUGCUCUCACACACACACACAAGAAGAAUCUUCAGCAUAAGUCAAAGGAAUUGCCUUUUCACAAGACCGAAACCAUCAACAGGCAAAGCAAACGGCUCACCGUAGCUCUAGUACUUCUGUGUUUGGUUUUUAAUUGCUAUAGAACCCUGUUCUUUCAGCAGGGGAGCACGAUGGAUGCAGUUCAGACCACCCAGAUGUCUGCUCAGAAGGCAGCAUUGGAUGGUAGUGGGCUGAGCAGGCACUUAUAUCGCGCCCACCCCGUGGCUGGUGAUCCAGUGGCACUUACCAGCAACCUUCAGCUCCACCUGCUGAAAGAACAGACGCUUGGUUUUACUCUUAUGUAAUCAGAACUUACUUUCUGCUUGUAGCUGCCUACAAUUAUGUAUUUUGUGUCAGCUGCAAUUUAAUUUUGGCUUAUUUUAUUAUCACUGCAGUAGUUGGCUUUGCUAUAUGGAAAAAAAAUAAAGUGAAAUUGCCCUAAUAAAACUUCUUUCUUAAGUAUAUCUGAGAA